AUGGACCGUCCAAAACCCAAGGUCUUCCCAGUGGGGCACUGCUGCCCCUCCCUGGGAAUGCGAGCCUCGGAGGCUGGCAGCAGAAGGUUCUCAGUGCCACCCUCCAUCAGCAGGAACUCGGCCAUGGUGAACGAACCCAGAGGGAACGGAGGCCCCGGCCCCCGCUGGGAGGGCAGCAGCAGCGGCAGCGAGAGCUCCAAGGAUAGUUCAAGGUGCUCCACGCCGGGGUUGGACCCCGAGCGAUGCGAGAGACUCCGUGAGAAGAUGAAGCGGAGGAUGGACUCUGGUGACAAGUGGUUCUCCCUCGAGUUCUUCCCUCCCCGAACUGCCCAGGGCGCUGUCAAUCUCAUCUCCAGGUUUGACCGGAUGGGAGCGGGUGGCCCCCUCUUUGUAGACGUGACCUGGCACCCAGCCGGGGAUCCUGGCUCCGACAAGGAGACCUCGUCCAUGGUGAUUGCCAGCACCGCCGUGAACUACUGUGGCCUUGAGACCAUCCUGCACAUGACCUGCUGUCAUCAGAGCCGGGAGGAGAUCACGGGCCACCUGCACAAAGCCAAGCAGCUGGGCCUGAAGAACAUCCUGGCGCUGAGGGGAGACCCCAUAGGUGACCAGUGGGAAGAGGAGGAAGGAGGCUUCAACUAUGCUACGGACUUGGUGAAGCACAUCCGAAACGAGUUUGGUGACUACUUUGACGUCUGUGUGGCAGGUUACCCCAAAGGCCACCCUGAAGCAGAGAGCUUUGAGGCCGAUCUGAAGCACCUGAAGGAGAAGGUGGCUGCGGGAGCCGACUUCAUCAUCACCCAGCUGUUCUUUGAGGCUGACACGUUCUUCCACUUUGUGAAGGCUUGCUCCGAGAUAGGCAUUACCUGCCCCAUCCUCCCCGGCAUCUUCCCUAUUCAGGGCUACCACUCCCUCCGGCAGCUGGUGAAGCUAUCCAAACUGGAGGUGCCACAGCAGAUCAAGGACGUGAUCGAGCCCAUCAAAGACAAUGACGCUGCCAUCCGCAACUAUGGCAUCGAGCAGGCAGUGAGCCUGUGCCAGGAGCUGCUGGCCAGCGGCUUGGUGCCAGGCCUCCACUUCUACACCCUCAACCGCGAGGUGGCCACCAUCGAGGUGCUGAAGCGCCUGGGGCUUUGGAUCGAGGAUCCCAGGCGUCCCCUGCCCUGGGCCCUCAGCGCCCACCCCAAGCGCCGGGAGGAGGAUGUCCGGCCCAUCUUCUGGGCCUCGAGACCAAAGAGUUACAUUUACCGCACACAGGAGUGGGACGAGUUCCCCAACGGCCGCUGGGGCAACUCCUCCUCUCCGGCCUUUGGGGAGCUGAAGGACUACUACCUCUUCUACCUAAAGAGCAAGUCCCCAAAGGAAGAGCUGCUGAAGAUGUGGGGGGCGGAGCUGACCAGUGAGGAAAGCGUCUUCCAAGUCUUUGCCCACUACCUCUCGGGAGAGCCCAACCAGAACGGCUACAAAGUGACUUGCCUGCCCUGGAAUGACGAGCCCCUGGCGGCCGAGACCAGCCUGAUGAAGGAGGAGCUGCUGAGAGUGAACCGGCGGGGCAUCCUCACCAUCAACUCCCAGCCCAACAUCAACGGGAAGCCAUCCUCUGACCCCAUCGUGGGCUGGGGCCCCAGUGGGGGCUAUGUCUUCCAGAAGGCCUACUUAGAGUUCUUCACUUCCCGAGAGACGGUGGAGGCGCUUCUGCAGGUGCUGAAGAAGUAUGAGCUCCGGGUGAAUUACCACAUCGUGGAUGUGAAGGGUGAAAACAUCACCAACGCCCCUGAGCUGCAGCCCAAUGCGGUCACCUGGGGCAUUUUCCCUGGCCGAGAGAUCAUCCAGCCCACAGUGGUGGACCCGGUCAGCUUCAUGUUCUGGAAGGAUGAGGCCUUCGCGCUGUGGAUUGAGCAGUGGGGCAAGCUGUAUGAGGAGGAGUCCCCCUCCCGCAUGAUCAUCCAGUACAUCCAUGACAACUACUUCCUGGUCAACUUGGUGGACAACGAGUUUCCACUGGACAACUGCCUGUGGCAGGUGGUGGAAGACACGUUUGAGCUUCUCAGCAGGCCCCCCCAAGAUGAGAGGGAGACAGAGGCGCCGUGA